AUGAUCUGUCAAUCAGAACGCAAGGUGACUGCGCUCUCUGGCAGCAAUGCAAGUCUGUGCAUCCCCAAUUUGGGUAAAUACAGAGAACUCAGCUGGUUUUUCAACGCCAGAGAGAAGAUUGUGGAAUGGGAUUGGAAAUCUAUAUACUUCGACAAUGGAUUUAAGGGCAGAGGUCACCUUGAUCAAACUGGUACACUGCACAUCUCUCAUCUCCAGAAAAGUGACAGCAGCACCUACAUCUGCGAGGUGGUGAGCAACGAGGGAAAGCUAGAGGAAAAGACGAUUCAGCUGCAGGUGUUUGAUCCUCUACCCCAGCCAGUUCUAAAACCAGAGAAGAUAGAAAAUGUGAACAACAAUUGUUAUCUUCUUCUGUCAUGGGUGGUCCCUGACCCAUCUGUGAGAUACAGCUGGUAUGGGAAGUCAGGGCUCCUUCCUGAAUUCCAGCACAGUGUGCUUGAGACCACCGUCAACCAACAGAACUACUCCAACUCAGCAAUCCUUGGGACAGGAAUAUAG